CUGUCAUUAUUGUGUUAUAAAAAGGCGUUAGUAAUUUUUGUCAGCGUCCCUUAAUGCAAAAAAAAAUUUGAUUAAAAAAAUCAAAAAUAUUAAAAACAAUUUUUUUAUUAAUUAUGGGCGUGGAAAUGGAUACCAACGAGACGGGUGUGGAACUCACGGAGGCGGAGAACGAGCUGUAUGACAGACAAAUCCGUCUCUGGGGUCUAGAAUCCCAAAAGCGCCUUCGCACGGCAAAGAUUCUCAUCGUCGGGCUAUGUGGACUGGGUGCUGAAAUAACAAAAAACAUUAUUCUGUCCGGAGUUAAUUCUGUUACACUGUUGGAUGAUAAGCUCGUCACAGAGGAGGACUUUUGCUCGCAGUUUCUAGCCGCACGUGAGUCCUUGAACACUAACCGCGCGGAGGCCUCUUUGACUCGCGCACGUGCGCUUAAUCCUAUGGUGGACAUCUCUGCUGACAGUGAGCCUUUAAAUAAGAAGACCCUUGAGUUCUUCGCUAAGUUUGACGUGGUGGUGGUGAAUGGCCAGACCAACGAGGAACUGCUGCGCAUCGACACUAUUUGCCGGGAUCUUGGCGUCAAGUUCAUAGCCACUGAUGUCUGGGGCACGUUUGGAUUCUACUUUGCCAGUCUCCGCAAGCACAGCUACGUCGAGGAUGUAAUUAAACACAAGAUCGUAUCCAACUCUGAUAAGAAAAAGAAAUAUGAAACCGUAUCCAUUCCAACUCAGCGCGUGAUCGAUUAUCCCGGCUAUUCUGCAUGGCUUGAUUUCGACAUUACAGCUCCCAGUUAUUCGCGCAAACUGAAACGCAAUGGUCCGGGCAUUUUGCUUCUGAGUGUUCUUCAAAGGUUCCGCACUACGUACCAACGAGAUCCAAGCUAUAAAACCCGUGAGGCGGACCUGGAACUGCUUCGCGGGAUUCGCGACGAACUGUUGCCGAACUCCGCUCUAGGAGACGACGCCUUGGGGCUGAUCUUUUCCCAGAUUUCUCCAGCUGUGGCUAUAGUUGGUGGCGUUGUGGCCCAAGAGGUCAUCAAAGUAGUUACAAAAAUGGAAGCACCGCAUCGUAAUCUCUUCGUUUUCGACCCUGAGACUUGUGCAGGGUACUUUGAGACCGUUGAAGCCAAGUAAAAUGCUUCUAUUAAAAAUCUGAAUUUCAAAUAA